GUUUCUUAGAACACGCUUUUAAUGCUUUGGAUGAAAACCAGCGUUGACGUCAUAGCCGCGCAGGCUCAGACCAUGAAUUACGUGGGGCAGUUGGCGGGCCAGGUGUUUGUCACCGUGAAGGAGCUGUACAAGGGCCUGAACCCCGCCACCCUGUCCGGAUGCAUCGACAUCAUCGUUGUCCGCCAGCCCAACGGGAGCCUGCAGUGCUCCCCGUUCCACGUCCGCUUCGGCAAGAUGGGGGUGCUGCGCUCCCGAGAGAAAGUGGUUGACAUAGAAAUCAACGGGGAAUCUGUGGAUUUACACAUGAAGCUGGGAGAUAACGGAGAAGCCUUUUUUGUUCAAGAGACUGAUAACGAUCAGGUAAGGAAGGCUGGGGGUCAGGGCCACUUCCUCGCUCCGCGCAGGAGACAGCGGAGUGUGGGUGGAGCACGCUGCCGGCUCCCGACGGUGCGGACGGUGGCAGCAGAGGAAGCAGGCGCUGUCUGUCCUGGCAUCUGA